AUGACUGUCUGGUUCGGUAGCGACCUUGGCAUUCGAGUUGAUAUGCAAGUUUGCAAUUCUAUUGCUGAGUGGACUUACUCUGUUAUGAAUAUGUGCUCUAACAAAUCAGAACAUCUAGAAAUCAUUGGGAAAGUGGCGAUGGUGGGUUGGUGCAUUUGGAACUCUCGAAACGACUGGGUCUUUAACCACAAUCCCCUAAAUCCCAUAGUUACUUUGCAUCAAGCCACAACUGCCUGGAGAGAGUUAUAUGUGCUUAAUCACCUUGGUGCUCGACAGCCGAAUGCAGCAGUGUCCGAGCCCCCUCGCCGCAGAUGGAGUCCACCAAGUCUGGGCCACUUUAAGCUUAAUUGUGAUGCCAGCUUCACUAAAGACAGGUCAAAAGCUUCCCUGGCUGCCAUUCUUCGGAAUUGGGAAGGUCAACUGGUCGAUGGUCGCACUUCUAUUGUUCAUGUAUCGUCAACUUUGCAAGGAGAAGCCCGAGUGGUUCGAUUGGCUUGCGCCUUUUCUCAAACCCUCAACCUCAACCAAAUUAGUGUGGAAGGAGAUAGCAAAACAAUCAUCAAAUUGAAUGUCUCUGAACUAGUUCCUCCAUGGGAUUGGAUGGCUAUUAUAUAUGAUAUUCGCUUUGCGAAGUCUCAGAACAACAUUUCUUUCUACUGGUCGCCUAGAAGCUCCAAUCGUACGGCUCACUGGAUAGCUUCUCGCAACUUGACAGGCAUGCUUCCCCUCAACUGGGUUGCCCAUCCUCCUCCGGCGCUUAGGGCUAUCUUAUCUUUGGACUCUUUGUAA